AAUGGGGGACUAGAUUUUUUUCCCCAGGAGUCCUUUUUUAUGCGCACAGCUACAGAGUAUUCCUCACUCAUAUAUUAGCAACGGUUAAAUUGUCAACCCGCCGCCUCUCCGACGCCCGUUCUUGCUCCACCACUCCGACGCUCCGUCAGCUACUUCUAGCCGCUGCCAGCCAGGCGAGGGGACUGCCACCAUUCUCACGCUUUGAGUUAUUGCAAGCGGCUAACCAUUUCGGUGCUUUAUCACCCACAGAUCGCGAAAGGAGGCGUUUCACUUUUCAGAAUUAUCUUUUGAAAGUGCAAUGUGCCAAAGGACUUCAAAGGGUUUAAAUUUGUAAAUUUGAUGAAUUGAAUACUUUGUUUAAGAAUUUUGAGCUUGCAUUAUUUAUAAACUAUGUUCUGUGAAUUUGAAACACUAGAUUAUGAAAUGUUCAGUUAGUGACUCUCAAGUAUUGAUGAGAUUUCCAAUAAAUAAAUUUCCAACACAGGCAAACUAAUUCUUCUUUCUUUACCUGAUUGCAUUUUAAAUGAUUAAGUCAUGUCCCCUUUUGUGUUAUAGAGUUUUUGAAGUAGUUUAUAAACAUGUAAAUCUAUUUUUAGCAUAACUUCAGCCAGGUUUCUUUAUCCACAAUGGGACAAUGUUUAUGGGACGACGGGAGUAGUACACAUUAUUUUAGGAAUAAAAACAUGGUGGCAAUACUUUAAAGAAUUUUGAGUGUUCGUGAUUUGUUUCUGAAUAUUUAGUUUGCUAGUUAGUGGUAUUACUUGUUGAAUUUGUGUCUAACCUUCCACACUUCUAUACAAAAUUGCCGGACACGCCACAUGCAAACAGGCGUCUCCUUGGUGUUUCUGAUAUCCAGCUAGGACAAAACUGAGGGUUGGUCUGUACUUAACCGUAAACCUCAACCCCAUUCUUCAUGCAUUUGUAAUCUUAGGAAUGGAGGUGGCUUUGGGUGCGCAAGAUGCAAUGGAAUGGUCUUACAGGGGAGAAGGAGCAGCCAAUUUAGUUCUUUUCUAUUGCGGAAGAUCUCCUCAAUUUGUUGGCAAAGUUUUGAGGAUUCAAAAGGAUCGAGCAAAUGGGUCUGAAAAUAGAACUGGUCAUUCGAGCUUAACCAUUCCUGAAAGACAUCUUUGGAAAGAUGUCAAAGAGCUUGUUUGCAUCCUUGUAUCCAAAGAAUUUUUGGAGGCAGUUGAAAAGAAUGCUCUUCAGGUACGCCCCCCUUGGCGGAUAGAUGCUGCUAAAGUUAAUCUCCUGAGUGAUUCUGCUAUACUUAUGUCUGAUCAUUCAACAUUCCCCCAUGGGUAUAAUUACCUUGCAUUUUUUCGAUUUCCCUGGACGCAGCCGAAAUGUGGAUUCCUUCCACAGUCAGAAUUUAUUAAAGGAAGUAAUGCUGUUAAAAGGAGAAUUAGUCGUUUCAAAAUGCACCAGGCUCUUAAGGUUGAUCAGGGGAAGAUAUCAUAUAUAAGCGGAUAUGAUCCACUGGAUAUGUUUUCUGAGUCGAAAGACAGAUUGGACAAAGCAAUGAUGGAUCUUUUUAUGACCCCACAAAAUAACUUCCGAGUAUUUUUGAAUGGUUCUCUCAAAUUUGGGGGCCUGGGUGGUGUUGCAGAAGCUACAAAUGCUAAAGAUAGUCAAGAAUUCGAAGAUGGACUAUUUAAUAGCUACUACUGCAAAGGAUUUGGGUAUUAUGAUAAGCUUCAAACCUCAAAAAGAUGGGAAUAGCGAGUCUGCUUAUAGUCUUGUCUCCUUAAAGUCAACAAACCAACAUUUUAAUUACAAGGUAUCUUUCAUUGAUCUGGACCUGAAAUAUUUGAACAAGAUGGAAUUCUACUAUGAGCUAGACCAGAAGAUUGUCAAAAGUUACAUAAAGAUGGUGAAUGGCGUCAAUCAGACACGACUUUAAUUCUAGUAGCGGAUUGCAGUUUUCGGAACCAUAUUAUUUCAUGUAAUAAUCUAAACCAUUUCUUACUCUUCCCGUUUUGAGUCAUAAUUGACAACAACCCACGCCUAUAUGGAAACUGAUGCCAUGAGUACUCCAGCAAGUUUUCGUAGGAUUUGAGGCUCUUCCGUGUUUCGUCAAAUCCAAAGGUACUUUCUCGAUAGGAGGCUACUACUAUACUUGUUUGUGGUUUGUAUACUGUGAUUUUUAUUGUAUCCUCUUCUCUCCUAAGCAAGGUUAUAAAUUUGUGACCUUUGUAAGUGUAUGUGUAUUGCCCUCCACACUAUUUCAGUUAGAAAGUUCAGAAAUGGAAUUGUCUGAAUGGUUGCAUUGUUGUUGUCUCUUCUUCUUUUUCCUCCUUAACCUUUUGUCGUCACGGCUUGACCCGGGGG